CAACUCCACCGUCCACCACGCUCUACAGAAUCACCACCCACCUUCCCUGGUUGACUCGUCUAGAGUACGACUUCUUCUACAACGACUCCCUUCAUCUUCCUUAGAAAAAAACCUUAUACACUCAAUGAUUUUCUUCAAUGGCGGCUUUUUGUUCAAUCCCUAAUUUUCCUUUCUCUCUCUAAAAUAUUUCACUCUUCUCUACAACCUAUCUCUAAAAUGAACCCAGUCUUACAGGCAGUCAUUGCUGCCGCUGCAAAUUUCUUCUUAAUAACAGUUCUCUUCGCUUUCAUCUGGCUCUUCUGCAAAUCCUCUAAAACUCGCUAUCGACGCCACGACCACCUUCACAACCUCCAAACCCGCGGCUGGACCGGUAACCGAACAGUACCAAGUAAUAUGCAGCUAUCCUCCAUAACCAUUGAUGAAAGCGCCACUUUUGACCCAAGUCUGAAUCGGAUCUCCAUGGAGGAGCUCAAAAUCGCUACAAAGAACUUCUCUGCAGACUUGAUCAUCGGGGACGGCAGUUUUGGCUUCGUCUACAAAGCUACGCUCUCUGACGGCGUUACCGUCGCCAUCAAGAAGCUUGACCCCAACGCUUUUCAAGGUUUUCGGGAGUUUCGGGCGGAGAUGGAAACCUUAGGUAAGCUCCGACACCGAAAUAUCGUGCGAAUUUUAGGGUACUGUGUUUCCGGUGUUGAUAGGGUAUUAAUCUACGAGUUCAUGGAGAGAGGUAACCUUGAUAUGUGGCUACACGACACGUUACCGGAUAACGAGCAGUUCCCAAGGCCACCGUUGUCUUGGGGAGCAAGGAUUAAGGCAGUGAAAGGCGUGGCCAGUGGACUUGCAUAUUUGCAUCAACUUGAAACUCCAAUCAUACACAGAGACAUCAAGGCAAGUAAUGUUCUAUUGGAUUUGGACUUCGUGGCCCAUAUUGCAGAUUUUGGGCUCGCACGCGCAAUCGACGGAUCACAUUCACACGUGUCAACACAGGUGGCCGGAACGAUGGGAUACAUGCCGCCGGAGUACAAGGAAGGGGUAACAAUUGCAACGCCUAAAGCAGAUGUGUAUAGUUUUGGAAUUUUAAUGAUUGAGAUUGCAACUGGGGAAAGGCCGAAUUUGCCCAUGGUUUUGGAAGGGAAGGAGGUAGGGUUGAUUGAAUGGGCAAGGAAAAUGUUGGAGCAAAAUAAACAUAUGGAAAUGUUAGAUUCAACAAUGGGAAAGGACGAGUUAAGUGAAGAUGAAGUGAAGGAAUAUUUUACAAUUGCCUCAAUGUGUACUAGUGAAAUAAUGAUGGAAAGGCCUUUUAUAACUGAAGUUGUUGAUUGGUUGAAUAGCCUUUAUAACGAGUGAAUGGUUUGCUACGAAAAUGUAAAUAGCUUUUGUAGUGUAUAUUGUCAAGCGGCUAAGGCUGCAACUAGUGUUUAGUGUUUUUAUUUGGUUAAAACAUUAUUUUAAUUAAUUAUUGUGUUUAAUAAUGUUGCAUUUAUCCUACCGUUUAGAAUUUGAAGUAGUAUUUUAUGAAACGUUAUCCUUA